AUGGAUGCAUCCAUGGCGACAAUUCAUAUCUUACGUCACGGACAAGCUCUUCACAAUGUCGAUAGGGCAUAUCCUCACCGAGACCCUCCUUUGACAAAAGUUGGAUCCAAGCAAGCCGAGAAAGUCUUGAUCCCUGCAAAGCCCGAUCUCAUCAUUGUCUCCCCCAUGACUCGCACGAUUCAAACUACUCUUAUUGCGUUCCGGCAAUUUUUGGACGAAUCCUCCACGCCUGCCAGGACGGAAGUCCAGAUCUGGCCAGAACUGCGCGAGGCGCAUGAUGCUAUAUGUAAUAAAGGCGUUAGUCGAGCCGAGAUUGCAGCUGCCUUUCCCCAGUUUGACUUCUCUUCGUGUCCUGAGCAAUGGGACCACCCACCGCAUAGCGUAGAGAGUGCCACUCUACGUGCCGAGACGGUUCGCCGUCGCCUUAUGAACCUCUCCGGCUCUUAUCAGAAUAUAUUCCUCGUUACUCACCGAGGUUUCAUCGCAUUUCUAGUCGAGGGGCCAAGGCAUGAUGUUUGCGAGUGUCGUUCAUAUAGAUUUGCCAGUGCCGAUGAGGUUGAUAGCCAGAGGUAUGGAGCUAUUCAGGAUACGGGGGAUAAACAGGAUUUUGGCCCAACUCUGCUAGUUCCUCUUUCUUCAUGA